CAGGAUGUGGAGUUGCAAUGUCUGACCAGACUGCUGUUGGGUAGAGAUUUAGUUAUCAGGCUUCGCUCUUAUUUAUCACAGUAGUACAAAAAUGUUUCCUGGAUCAGUGCAAUUAGGAGGGGAACUCAUAUUCAUACUUCUGAUGAGCACUGUGAGCGCGGAAGAGCAUGCAGUUAAGGAGGAUGAAACCUGCAGAACAGCCUGUGGUGAAGUGGAGCAUCAGCAUGCAGUGAGGCGCACCUUCAGGUACAGCACAACUGCAAGCUCAACUCUGCAGACUCAAUCCAACAUGGGCAGCCAGCUGUCUCUCGACUGUGUAGUGGACAUAGAUGUGUUUCCCAACUGUCCAAUGAUGAUGAUGAAGCUCAGGAAUCCGCAGAUGAAGCGCAGUUCCUCACAGAGAGAAAACACAGUGCUCCGGCUCAAGAGUGCGAGGGAGUCACUGGAGAAGAACCCCCUGUGGUUCUCACUUCAGGAAGGAAAGGUCACUGCGCUGUGCCCACAGGAGGGAGAGCAGGUGUGGGCGCUCAACAUCAAGAGAGCCAUACUGAGCAUGCUCCAGACCUCCCACUCCGUAGGGACCCGGGUGAUGGUGGAAGAGACCGAUGUAUAUGGAACAUGCAUGAGCCGGUAUGAGCGCCGGGGGAGUGUACUGGUCAAGGCCCGGAGCCUUCAGCAGUGUCAUCAAAGGAGGAUGUCUGAGUUCUGGCAACACUCUGUGGCACUGAAAGAAAACAACGUUAUUUCCAUGAAACAUGAGUGCGUCCAACAUUUGAGGAAAAAUACAAUGGAGAAAGUAAACUGCACAGAAACCGUUUCCUUGCUAGCAACAUCUGGACUGCCUGGUGUAGUCCAGAUAAAGACUGUAUCAGUUCUCAUAUUGCUGAGGACCCUGGACAACAUACCUCUGGGUUUUGACAAACGAAGGUCCAGAUAUCUGACUGACCUAAUAUUUGAAGAUGCAAUAGAUGCCAAAGCACAAAAGUCUGCAGUGCAGGAGGUCAUUGCUACUGUUCGGAGGCUGUGCACCCAGAUGACUGACCAGCAACAGCAGUCAGACCAGCUGCUUAAUUUGGUUGUGCAGUUAAGGGCUCUGUCCCUGCGACAAUUGAAAGAAGUGUGGCAGGAAGCUUCCUUCAAGUGUCGCGAUGACUGGCAACCUCUGAUGGAUGGCCUCCUCACGUGUGCCUCGGAGGGCUGUAUCCUACUCCUGUCUGAACUCUUCUUGACCCAAGAGAUCGACCAGGAUCAGUCAUCUUCACUUUUCAGUGCCUUGGCAUUUGCUCACAAUCCCUCUCCUGCCAUGAUUGCAUCUAUUAAUACUCUGCUGCAGGCCACAGAGGCCCAACCCAAACUGCUCCUGGCUGGAUCUGCUCUGGUCCACCGCCUGUGCCAGGCUGAGCAGACCCAGUGCAACCAGAUCCCUGAGGUACAGCAAUAUAUGCAAGCUCUGAAGAACAGCCUAAGGGAGGCUUACAGAGCUAAAGACCCUACCAGAAUGCUUCUGGUAAUGAAAGCAGUGGGGAACUCAGGCCUGGCAGCUGUUGACCUCAUCCCUCAACUGAAUGAUUGCAUUUUGAAUCACUCAGCCCCUCUGGAGUUGCGCCUAGCUGCCAUCCAAGCCUUCAGACGCAUCCCUUGCCAUGCUAAUAGAAAAGUGUUGAUACUGGCAUACCAGUCAUCCCAGGAGGAUGUGGAGGUCAGGAUAGCAGCUUACCAGCAGCUUAUGUGCUGUGCCAACCAAGAGAUUUUUGCCGUAAUAAGAUCCACCCUCGAGAGAGAGACAUCCAGCCAAGUGGGUUCAUUUGUUUGGAGUCACCUUACGCAAAUCCAAAAAACAGAAGACCCCCUUAAACAGGCAUUGCUCAAAUCAUUGCCUGAUGACAUUAUCAGCAAGAAUUUUGAAUCAGAGCCUUGGAAAUAUUCCUCAUUCAUGGACUCCACUAUAGACACAGGCCCAGGGGCUGCCAACAUUGAGGGGGCGUUGGUGUUUUCUCCUAAAUCCUUUAUCCCACGUUCCUUCAUGACGAAUCUGACAGUGCAGAUCUUUGGAAGAGCAUUUAACCUGAUGGAGAUCAACUUUCGGGCAGAGAACAUGGAGCCAUGGCUCAUGGGUUUGCUGAGAGGACAGUCAGCUCAUCCACGGAGGACACCCAGUCCUCAAGAGCCCAGAGAGGCUUCAGCACGGCGGAGGAGGACUACUGUUAAUACAGCUGGAUCAGAGAGCCAAGGCCAUGACAGAGAGAGGAAAAGAGACGAGUGUAAAGCCCAAACUGAUAGCUUGCUCAAACAUGCAAAAGCUCAGUUUGCAGGACAAAGAUCUACUGAUAAAAUGCCUAGCUGCUGGUUCAGCAUGAAGGUAUUUGGGAAUGAGCUAGACCUCCUUACCUGCAAUGACUUCUCUGAUCGUAUAGAGAAGCUGUCACUUACAGCGGCAGAAAUAGCCCUGAAGUUGUUGAAGGGUCAUGAGGUGAAACUCCACCACAGGUUCUUUGUAUUAUCAGAGGAGUUGGCCCUUCCAUCUUUGUCAGGUUUACCCAUCAAGUUGGGUAUCAAUGUGUCUUCCCUCUUCUCCCUUCGAUUGAAGGGAAAUGUCCAUUUCAAAGAUUGGUUCAACUUCCUAUUGGCUGGCCAUAUCAAACCAAACACCCUCAUUGGAAUCUCAGCUAGAAUGGGUGUAGAUGGGGCCCUUGGACAGGUUGGACUUGAGUGGUCCUCUAAAUUCAAAAGCUCCGCCAGUCUAAACGGAAGCGUACAGCUCCACAACGGCCAGGCUGUCAAGGUGAUUCUCAACACACCAGAUGAAUCAAUGGACCUUCUCUCUUUCAGCUCAGGAAUGUUUAGGGUAAGUGGAGAUGUCAGAGAGGAGCUGACCAGUGCAAGGAAUCGGAUGGAGAAGACUACCUGCUCUCCAAAGACAUGGUCAAAGAUGAUUGGAUGGCAGCUGUGCUAUGAUUUGUCCCAUCCUCAAUCUGCUAUGGGAAGAGCCUUUCUCUACCAUGGUCCUACCAACCUAUCUCUAAGACUUGUGAAGCUUGAUAAAGGCCUCCAUCAAUACCUGCUUGAAGCGGUUUACACUUCCCUGCCACCGAGAGACACCAGGUUACCCCAUGAGGUUCACCUACUCCUUUCCCUGAGGAUGCCGCAGUCCAGCGUUCCCAGAGACAUCGGACUAGAGUUCCUCCUGAGUCACCAGAGGCUUCUACUGAAGAUCACCCACCCUCAGAAGAACAUCCUCAUUCAAGGACAGCUUGAUCAUGUUAAGAGUACGUACACCGCAAAACUUGAGCUUCUGAUGGAUCACGUUUACCAUUAUUACCUCAAGGGGUUGAUGGAGACGUUGAGCCUCCCCACAGAGAAGAGGCAGCAGUACCGUCUGGAGGCUAAAGGGACAGCGCAUGGUCGUCCCAUCAUCCUCUCUGUCGACAUUGCCCAGGGGCUCGAUAGAAGAAUCAGUGUGACAGCCAUGUUGAAAAACAUCUUCAAAGACACAGCAUCCUUUUCAGUGCAGCUAGACCACCGGCAGGACAGUGGGCAGAGGCAGUACUCUGUGGAAGCUGAGGUCCUCCUGCCAGGGCUGCUAGGGGGCAGGAUCCUGGGGCUUCUGGAGCACAGAGGCCCACAGUGGAGCUCCGCCCUGAGGCUCAAAUAUGGACUUCAACAGGAAGCCCGAGAGCUGAGGCAGGAGUGCCAUGUUUCUCAGAGCCUGAGGAGCGAGAUGGUGCCCACGCAGACCUAUCACAUGAGAACAGAGCACGAGCUUCACUGCACCCAUGAUCCAUCACUCAACCAUAAGAUCCAGCUCAGGCAUGAGAGGAGUGGGAGUCACAUACUGUCCUCUGUGAACCUUAGCUAUGGGAAGCACUGGGACCAGACAGCUAACAAGCACAGGAUCAUCCUCAGCCAGUCCCUCCGAAACCAAUCACGGCACAGCCUCACCAGCUACGCAUUAGAAGUUUCCUUGCAAGUCCCUGACAGAAACAUGAACUACAGGGCACAGCUACUCCAUUCCCGGCUUCAAGGCAAAAAAGCAGAGGGCCGCACUCAUCUCAAGGUCAACUACAAUGACCUCAUGCCCUUUGUGGCUGGCCUACACUGGAAGGAGCUAAUUUCCAAAGUCUCCCUUAGAAAAUAUGAAGGAGCUUUUAACAUGGACACCCCCUGGCUCUAUGUGUCGUGUGCUCAUAAGCUGAGCCAGCUCAAGCGGGGCACGGUGGAGUUCAGCUCGGAGCUGACCACCCGCAAGCUCCUGAACACACAGAGCCUCGUGCUGGAGGGCCUUUACAAGGACAGGAAAGGAGAGAAGGAGGCCAGAUUACACCUCUUCACCCCAACUGUCACCUAUCUGAAGGCUGGGGCUCACGGUGUGUUGGGCAAGCGUGGGCUGAGGGCCUCCUGCUCCUUCAGCUCGGCGUGGACGGAGGCUGUGCAGGGCCAGAUCAGCCUGAGCGACGCCAGCAGGCAGCUGAAGACCCUGGAGCUGAGCGUGGCGUGCGGCCGGCACAACCUCAAUCUCUCCACCAGCCUGAGCUCGACGGAUAAGCAGCUGAAGAAGAGGCAUGUGACGCUGAAGAUGAAGCUGUCAGAGCUCAAGGGUAUAGACACAGAGCUGGAGAUGGAGGGAGGCCUGGAGGAGCUGAGGAGGGACUCAUGGAUGUACCAGAAGAGAGCCAUGCUCCGCGUCAGACAGCCAUUCCAGUUUCUCCCUGAGAGCUUGCUUCUCCAGGAGACCUUCACCGUAGAUCUUGAAAAGGGCACAUACGUCCUGGAGUCCAAAGCCCUGCUCCAUAAUGACAAACAGCUCACCCACACCCUCACCAUGGGAUACAAAUCUCAGAAGCCAUUUAUCUGCUCAUCCCUGGUCCAUCCUUUCAGCUCUGAUGCCAUCCCUCAGGACUCUGAGAUGUGUUUCACUCUGGGUCAUGGUCAGUUGCAUCGAGAGUUGCAAGGGAAGUUUCGAGUUCAAAAGAGGGACAUGCUGUUUGUCCAAGGGAAGGUUCAGUUCAGUGAACCACACUCUGCCCAGCAACGAGUCACACUCAGGGCCAACCUCACUCACCAACUCCAGGUGCAGAUGCCAGCCUCUCUCAGUGUGGAGGGAGCUGUGUCCUGGAUCCAUAUGAAUAAUAGCCGUUUUGAUUACCUCGCCAAAGGAAAAGCAGUAAUCAAUCACCAGGUGUGCCAGUGUUCGGUGCUUCUGAACGGGUCCUCAGAGGAGAUUGGCCUCUCUGCAAACAUACGCCAUCCCUUUGUUUGUAGAGUACCCAAGACAUUGCAGGCCUAUGUCACAGCAGGCAUAUCCCCUGCAGGCAGCGUCAGUGGCUCUAUGGGUGUGAGGACUGAUGGGAAAAGCCAGGCGUCUCUGGAGGUCCUGCUGGCCAACAGCGUGCAGGGGACCAUGCGUUCCAUGGGUGUCCAUGUGGGCCUACAGCAAACCCUGCUGCCCACUGCCUCUAGCAGCCUUCACCUGCAGCUGGCUACCAAUGUCUCCACGGACAGUGAACCUCUGCAGGCCCAGUGGACUGGGGCAUUGGCACACAGUCCUGGAGUUGGAGUGUCUGGCAAAGGUGAUUCGAAGAGGUCUAUGCUUGGCCUCUCUGCUUUGCCCAAGAACCUGGGUUUGGAAGGCAAAAUCAUCUCUCAUCCUGCAGGACUAAUUGAAGGGGAGCUGAAGUUGUUGGUGAACAAGGGUUUGCACAGCCUUGAGUUCAAACACCGGGAGGACGCCAAGGGGGACCAGGAAGAAGAAGAGGGCAUGCUGGGAAAGAGGAAGAAUGGGACACGAGAUUGGCUAUGUGUGAGAUCGGCGGACAAGCACGUCUGUGUGAACAUGACUAGUCACUCCAGCCAUCAGGAGGGAGGGAGCAUCGACGGCCAGCUGUCUCACUCCUUCCCCUGGUUACGCUCCUCUGCAGGAGUGCCUAAGGAUAGCAGUGCAGGCGUGAGCUGGGCAUGGGGAGAGGAGCGGACUCUGGUGGACGUGAGGUUCCACGCUGGGACUCGCGGCCUGCUGGUGAGGAUGAGGAAAGAGCGGAUCAAUUCUACAGACGUCACAAGACACUUUCAGGUGAAUUGCACAGGGGGAAUUGCCUCAGACCACCUGCUGGGCCAGUGCUCUGGACAAGCUGUAGGCCAGACUCUGGAGGUAGAGAUUUGGACCAAUCUGACUGGACUUCCUGUGCCUGUGGAGUCUGGACCAAAUCAGCUCCAGGCAGUUAGUGUACGUGGCCACUGGAUUCCCACUUGUAAGAAGCUGGUGCUGAGUUUUGCCAACAAUAUUUCAGCCUUGCAACCAUACCUACCAGCCAGAUUUUUCUGCAGAUCCCAGUUUAACCACACAUGGUCUGUGGUGAGGGGGGCUGCCAAGCUCCUAACAGACAAAAGGAUGUUUACCGCACAGGGAGAUUUCACUUAUACAGCUGCAGGUUUCAGGCAGUCGCUGGAGCUCAAUCAUACUUUCCCACAGCUGAUGUUUGUGCCCCGGACAGCUACAGUAAGCACCCUGUAUGAGAGGGGGAACUGUACCCACGUGCUCCAGCACCAGGCAGACUGGACGAGUAUGGACCUGACACCUUCUGGCUCAACCACUGUUAACCCAGCCCAGGGGUUCCCCCUUCCACAUGGGUGGGGUCUUGGCGUGAAGCUUGACGGCGCCCCUCAGAGGCGACUAGUAGAUUUGCUCCUUGGCUGGACCGCUCAGGGCAAACACAAGAGAGUCGAGGCUGUGGGCUCCUGGGUGACAGAGGGAGCGCGUUCACAGGGCGCAGUGGAGCUGAGGCAGCCCUUCACCUCUAUAUUCUCCCAUCUCCGCCUGCACGCACACUCACAAAAGCCCAUGAAUGAGCCACACAGCACUUAUCAGGCCAUGUUCUCUUGGGACAAAGGAAGGCCUGUGAAUGUUUCCAUAACAACAAGCCAGCACUCCCAGGAGAGCUCCAGCCGAGGCCAGGCCUGUUUCUUCUUCUCACCCGGACAGUUGCAGACAGAGCUCCCCCUAGUGAAGAUGCAGGGCUGCAUGGCGGCAGCGUGGGAGGGGCCGUCCUACACUCAAAACACAGAUCUCCAGUGGAGUGACAAGAGGAUCACACAGAGCAUGAAAUACCAGAUUGGUCCGAAGGCCAUGCAUACUCUGCAGGUGGAGGUGGGAGCUGAGAAUGUCUCCCCGUCUCCCUGCCCUACUCACCACCUCUUGGCCCAAAUCCAUACCAACUGCCGAGACACCCUGGAGCACCACCUGCUGCUGGGGCUUUGUCCCCCACGCCCUGCCCUGGCGUGGUCAGGGAGUCACAGACUGAACCGGGGGAAGGAGGUGUUUUACAGUCAGACGAGGCUGGCUGUGUCAGGACAGCUCCAGCUCAGCAGCUUCACUCUGGCCCUCACCAACACCUCCACCACCCAACGCACCAACUUCUCCAUGCUCACUGAGUGGCAGAUGGGAAACUGGAGUCUGGAGGUGGGGGGCAGUGCUGUGUCGUCUGGAAGAGGUCCGGGGCUGCGGCUACAGGCCAAACUAGACGGCGCCGAGCGUGUCUGGGUUCAGGGAGGGAUGGAGAAGCGCUGUCUGAGAGCUGGAGUCGGCUAUGAGGACGGGCCGCACUCUCUCGAUGACGUCACAAUGGGACUGUGUCUGGAGGGGCGGUACUACGCCACACUGGAGGCACUAAGAUUUCUGGGCGGAGUCAAGAGGGAAAUACUGGCACUGGUCUCUUUGAGCGCAGCCAAUCAGAGCCUUGCUUUCAGUGCUAAGGGAUGUGCAGAGUGCCUGGCAGAUCUGGAGACACGAUCUCUUCACGUUGGGUCUCGCAUAAGGAACAAGCUGCUGGACAGAGUGCAGAGGAUGCAGCAUCACCUGAUGGAUUUCAGAAGAAAAUCAGUGGACAGCUCGUUCCUGCAGGAGUUGAGCUCAGGUCCACUGCAUCUGAUCCAGAGGGCAGAGGUCAUGCUGCAUCAGAAGGCGGGGUUGACCUGGGCUGCCUGGAGGUCGGGUUCACUGCGCCGCAGCCUCACGGAGACCCUGCCCCACACCCUGCUGCUGCUGCAUCACACCGCACAGCUGGUUCAACAGGAGCUUCACAAGCCCCUGGCCACUCUGGCGGGGGCUUACCAUGACGUGACGGGCCAGCGUCUGGAGGCGCUCUGGCGAGAGGCCGUGGCUCUGUGGGGGCGGAGGCUGACGGAGCUCCUGCCUGCUGUGCUGGAGGACCCCCAGCUGCGAGGGCCAGCUCAGGCCGCACUGCACUCACUCACUAUCGCUCUGGACAUGGCGUGUCACCAAGCUGUACACUGGGCAGAGGCCAGGUUGGCAGCAGCACUGAUCGGGGCCAAAAGACAGCUAGCGUCAGUGUACAAGCUCUCUCACAGCGAUUAUGAGGUGAGGCUGCGUCUGCUGCUGCCGAGGGGCUCCUGGCGCCGGCUGAGCCAGGCUGGGGUGACGGAGGUCCUGCUGGAGGAGCUGAUGGUGCGGCCCCUGAUGGCGCUGAGCUCCCUGAGCCCCUCUGCUGAGCUCUACCACCUGAAAAGGAGACUCAUGGACAGCCCCUUCAACCACCAAGCUGUUUUGGUAGCAGAUGAGUUUGUGGUGUCGUUUGAUGGGCAUCUCUAUGAAGUGCCCGCUUCCUGUGGCCUUAUGCUGGCCUCUGAUGCCAGUGGGGACUCCUUCAGAGUGCUGCUGAGUCCCGGAGUAAAGUCACAGCGUGCCCUGCUGGUGAAGAUGAAAAACACCAGCGUGACUAUUUAUUCCAAUGGAGAGGUGCAGGUGGACUGUCGUGUAACUCACCCACCUUACAAGUACAAUGGUGUCAUUAUCCAGAGAGACAUUAAUCUUACCAAGGUGUCCAAUGAGAGAGGAUUGCAGGUGUCAUGUGACCCAUUACAGAAUGUGUGCACUGUGACCCUGGAUGGUUGGUUGCACGGUGUGUCCACUGGCCUGUUGGGAACUAAUGACAAUGAGGCUGCUAAUGACUUCACCCGUCCAGAUGGCUCCCAGGCUGCAGACUUGGCCGAGUUCUCCCAAAGCUGGCAGCUGGAGCCGCAAUGUCCCAACGAGGCACCCGAGAAGGUGUGUCUCUGCCGGAACAUGACCUCUGACCUCUCGGGCUGCUCAGCCCUCUUCUCCAGCCCAGACUCUCCGCUCAGCUCCUGUUUUCUAGUUGUGGAUCCAGUGCAGUUCCUGACAGUUUGUGAGAGAAGUGUGUGUCAGUCUCUGGAGCCCUCCCGCAGUACCCCCUGUAAAUUGGCCACGGCCUACGUCCUCCUGUGUCGGAGAAACUAUGUUCCCCUGGAGCCCCCAGCACCAUGUGCAUAGAGUGGCGUGCUCCUUUAAGAACUGGUAUAAUAAAACUGUAAUGCAUUUAUAGUUGUUUAUGGUCUUGUUUCUGACCUUCAUUCCUUAAGACUAGGUUUGACACAUUUUGCCGUGUAAGUUUGAACCCGCGCCGGGAGAAGAAGGCACACACAGUAUAAUCUCCUCACAAUUCUAAACUGUCUAAUGUAAAUGUUGUAUUUUACUCAGCAAACGAUUGUGUCCAUUACUAAUAGCAGUGAUAACCUGGUGAAACUGCCCUCCAAAUAUAGGUUCAAAGUCUGUGAUGAGAUUUUUUACUUUUACGUUAGCAUAACUGGAGUUUGUUUUGCUUCUUUCUUAAUAUAAAUGCAGCACUGCAGCAAAAAACACCAUUGAAUAAUGACCUGUGAAUUCUAUUGCAUACAUUUUGUUAGAGAAUACACAGCCAUUUGUACCAACAAUAUCCCCUCUUGUGUAAAGGCUAUUUUUGUCUAGGCAGAUCUGGAUUGUGGGCAGUGAGGGAGGACAUUUUGCAACAUCUUUGUAAAACGUGUGAUUUCUAAUGCAAGAACAGCUUCCAGUCCUCUCCACACAACCAAUGUGUUUUUUAUCUCAGUGAAACACAAAAACAAUUAUGCAAGUUUCCUUUGGUCUGUAUUGUCCCAUAAAGACUGUAAAGCAUUCUAAUUGUAGUAGACAGACACACGCUGACCACAUUUGUGAGUAAAAAAAAAAUGUUACAA